AAGAAGCUUGCAUGGGCCUCAGUAAGUUUGGGCCUGAACUCAAUGUCUCCAUAGCGAAUCAAUCAUUCACAAAAACGGAUCUCGCAGCAGCGAAGGCAGACGUAAACCACCGGAAGCUUCAACUUCCAAGAAAUCUGAGAUCGUACUAGGAAUCAAGAUGGGGUUUUUGAUAACCACUCUAAUUUUUGUAGUGAUCGGGAUAAUCGCGUCGUUCUGUACCAGAAUCUGUUGCAAUAGGGGCCCCUCUACCAAUUUGCUACAUUUGACAUUGGUUAUAACGGCAACGGUCUGCUGUUGGAUGAUGUGGGCUAUUGUUUACAUUGCACAGAUGAAACCACUCAUUGUUCCAAUUCUUAGUGAAGGAGAGUGAAGAAGUUCACGGAAUAAUAGGACCUUAGUGGUAUACCAACAAUAUGUCCUGCGCAUUGGUGGGCAGAGAAUAUCUUUGAUGCCUCAUGGAUCAUUCAAUAUCUUCUCAUGUUGGAUCUGGGUGUAAUAUUUGUCAAUGUGAACUUUGAAUUGAUUUUUUUACUUUGGUGGUUCUCUUUUCCUGGUUUCAAUGACCUGGCAUUCAAAUUUUAAAACAUUGAUCAGUGAUUCUAUCUGAGAGUGAGUGUACGAAGAUGUAAUUUGGAUGAAAUAAUUGUUGCAGAGGAGUAUUGAUUGUAUAUUCAGGUAGUUUGGAAAAUAAGAAUAUGAGGCAGUGAACACGUUCGUGGAUUCAA